AGGAUUCGUAAGCUCUUCAAUAGUGUGAUGCCAACUUCCAGCCGCCGUAACGCUCAAUAAUCAAUACGCCCAUAGCAGACUAACAAGGUUGGCCGUUUGAACUUAAAAAGAUGAGAUGACGGGUGGCGCCGGCUCAGAUUAGGUCUGUACGACUAACCUCGACCUUGGCAUAAGGGACGUUUGUAGGCCAAGCAGACGUCGGAUGCGAUAUGCAGCCGUCUUACUCAUGCACUGAGAUCUCGACCUGAUUCAUGUGAUUAAGAAGAAGCUCGUCGGAUCUUGUGUGACCAAUGCCAGAGCCCUGGAAACCAACACGAACAACGAUGACGCUCUGGCAAGGUUGACAAGGACCACUUGCUCCUGGGAGCAGCCACGUGCAGCCGCAUAUCACAUAUCUCCACUGCUUACUUACUUUCCUACCCAUGAGCCAUGGGUCCUAGGUACUGUUCCUCCCGACAAAAACGGCCCCCGCGCCACACUGACCUUGACAGCUCGCGGGUGCGCUGCGCUCGGCCGAAUCCUUCUUCACACCGAACUCUGCUCCAUUCCCAGGGUAGUUUGGAUACCAACUAGGUUCCCAUCACGAGAGCCCUCUGACUCCUAACCGCAGUCACCCACUACGGAAUGUGUAACCCCCCGUGCGGCCCUAAUUUUCAUCCCAUAUUGCGACCCUAACGUUGACGCAAGGUACACUCCGCGGCUCGUACCACGUGGCCCCAUGUCCCUCGUCUGAACAAUAGGGGCACCCGCAAGCUGGGAGCAAAGACCCAAUCCGAGCUUGUCACCAUUCAAGGAAAGGAUCGUCACCUUGCAGCUUUUAUUGACAUCUAGCGCCUCCUCUGGCAUCAACAUCAGCCAUGACAAGCCCUCGAGAGCUGAUGUCGUAUAUACGAGACGGCACAAAGUUCCUCGACAGCUUCAUCGUGUAUCAGGCACUGAUACCUAGUCGUUCAGGAACAAACAUGACAAUGCUUAGACACGGCUCUUUGAUCCCGCAGGGUGUGUGCUCAAGCUGACCACCACCGCCAUCCCCACGCUCUGGACGAAUGCGGCGCUGUUAAAAUUACCAUCACCAAUGCUUCCCUUUUCUGUGAAGUCUGCCUGGAGCGGUGGCAUGAUCGGUCCGCCGUUGCGGAUGAGGCAGGAUGAAGCUAUCCUCGUGGACAUGGAGUUAUCGGGCUGGCCGGAAGCCUUCCUAUACCCUGGAGGAAAUAUUGAUUUCAAAGACGCCUUCGUUGAAGACAUCACGAGUAUAAGAAGAUGGCCAUGUGCGCGUUAUCAAACACCUUUGUCUCACAUCCUCAAGCUGAGAAAGAGCUUUCGGCAUACUACCUACUUCUUACACUCUUUUGAUAUCAUUAUUUUGAUUGACCAGCCGGUCCAUCAGACACUAUGAAGCAGACGCUUCUUGCCCUCGGGGCUUUCUUUACAGCCGUCACGGCUAUCGCCCUUCCUCUUGACUCUUUGCAGUCGAACCCUCAUCUCACACCUCUGAAGCCUCGUCAGGGUUGUGAAAACACUCCGACUUCCCGUGAAUGCUGGGGAGAGUUUGGUCUCGAUACCAAUUACUACACCACCUGGCCCAACACCGGAAACACUAGGGAGUACUGGCUCUCUGUCCAACAGGGAGACUGCUCCCCUGACGGCUACCUUCGAACAUGCAUGACCUUUAACGGCACUAUUCCUGGCCCCACGAUCUUUGCCGAUUGGGGUGAUGACCUUGUCAUCCAUGUCACCAAUAACAUGCUGGAGAACGGGACAGCCAUUCACUGGCAUGGUCUCCAUAUGAGGGAUAACUCUCUUAAUGAUGGCGUGCCUGGCGUUACUCAGUGUGGUAUCCGCCCUGGUGACACCCAAACCUACCGGUUCAAGGUCACCCAAUAUGGCUCGACUUGGUACCACUCUCAUUUCUCUCUGCAGUACGCUGAAGGUCUCUUUGGCGGCAUGAUCUUCAAUGGUCCCGCUACUGCAGACUAUGAGGUUGACCUUGGCAACUUGUUCCUCUCUGACUGGGGCCACACCGAGGCAUUCCAUCUCUGGAGUACUGUCGCCAAGGGCGGUAGACCUCCCACGCUUGAAACAGGUCUCAUCAACGGCACCAACACCAUUACCCCUAACUGCAACCCUGCCACCGACGCUCGCUGCGUUGGACAGGGUGCAAAGCACGAGAUCAUUUUCAAGGAGAACACAACAUAUCUCAUCCGUCUCGUCAAUCCAGCUGUUGACUCAGUGUUCGACUUCAGCAUUGAUCAGCAUGACCUGACUGUUAUCGCCCAAGAUCUUGUCCCAAUCAAGCCUUACACCACAGACUCGGUUCAGAUCUCGAUGGGUCAAAGAUAUGAUAUCGUCGUCACAGCCAAACCCAAGAACAAGACCGCCGACGGCAACUACUGGCUCCGCGCCGGACUCAUCGCAGGAUGCAGCGGUCCCAACCUCAACGCUGCAAGCAUCACCGGCAUUGUCCGCUACGACGAGGAUAGCACUGCACUCCCCUCCUCCACCAACCACAACACCAUUUCCACCAGCUGCCUCGGCGAACCUCUCGCCAGUCUCAAGCCCUACCUCGAACUGAACGUGACAAACAUGUUCAACACCACCCUCGAGAACCUGGGCACCAGGCCACAGGGCGUCGACGGCGCGGAGUGGUUCCAGUGGACGCUCAAUACCUCCUCCCUGCACCUCGACCCGUCCCACCCCACGCUGGAGCACGUCUUCAACAACGAAAGCAUCUUCCCCACCCCUUACAACGUGGUGGGCGUGCAGCCUUCCGGCACCGGUGAGCAGCAGUGGCAGGUGCUCAUCAUCCAAGACCAAACUCAGAUUGGCGCCGCCCACCCAAUUCACCUCCACGGUCACGACUUCUGGGUACUGGCCGCAGUUCCCCAAGCAACCUUCAACGGCGACACCUCCGGUUUCAACACCGCCAACCCCUCCCGCCGCGACGUCGCCGUCCUCCCCGGGCGCGGCUACCUCGCUAUCGCGUUCGAGCUCGACAACCCCGGUGCUUGGCUGGUGCACUGUCACAUUGCCUGGCACGCCAGCCAGGGCUUGUCCCUGGAAUUUGUCGAGAGCCAGAGCAAGAUCAGGAGCGGACUGCUGCAGAGGGACAUCGAUGAGUUUGAGCGGACUUGCCAGAGGUGGACGGGCUGGCCGCCUGUUCACCCGCAGGAGGACUCUGGUAUCUAAGGGAGAUUUCAGGCUCCUAGGAGGUGGUAAUUUCAUUUGUCCCUGCUGUACCUACAUGGGGGUUUCUUUGAGUUUUUGGGUCUUGGAUAACUGGUUGGUGGUUGCGCAUAGACGGGGUCUCGUUAUGGGGUUGUGUUAGUGUAUAAGAACACUCUCAAGUUAUUUUGUGCAGGGUAACAAACUGACAGGGAAAUGUACUUUUCGAUUAGGUUUGUCAUUGAAACAUUGGUUCGUGUGCACUAUGUGGG